AUGAAGCAGGUGUCCUCAACUCAGCCUCCAGAGCCUCCUCAGGAGGUUACAGUUCAACCUUCAGAAUAUCAUGAGGAGACAGUUCCACUUACAAGUCAGGAUCAAAUUCAGCAUUCAAACUUGCCUAGUGCCACAAUUAAACCCAUGGACCAGGAGGUCACCAUAACUCCAGAACCCAAUCCGGAGGUUGAACCUUCUCCAACCAAGCAGGAGUCUCCAACUCAGCCUCCAACACCACGUAAGGAAGUUGUAGCUCAAUCUCCAAUACAUCAUGUGGUGACAGUUCCACCUUCAGAUCAGGAUCAAGUUCAGCAUUCAAACUUGCCCAAUGUCACACAUAAACCUGUAAACCUGGAGGUCCCCAUAAUUCCAGAAUUCACAACGGAGGCUGAACAUUCGACUACGGCUCCAUCUCCAAAGCAGACCAAGGAAACACUUCCACCACCAGAUGAGUUUUGGGAUUUGCAACCAAACCUGACUCAAGUCGUACCUCAACCUUCAGUUAUAGAGCAUUCCAUAACUCAGCCCCCAAGGUCAUCUGAAGCAGGCACUGUUCUUCCAUCUACUCCAUCUUCAGUGAGGCCAUCUGUAAAUUAUCCUCCAGAAAAGGUGCUCACAGGCUUACCUGAGCAACAGCUACAGGCUCUCAGUGCAGAAAAGAUGCACAUGAGUUCAACUGUCCAACGGGAACAGAUGGACUUCCCAGAUUACUCCUCAGAAGAGACACAGAAGGGUUUCCCUUUGCAAGGAGGACAGACUGUCACUGCAGAUUACCCACUAGAAAAGAAGCAGACAGGUUUAACUGUGCAACAGGAACAGUCUCCUGUCACAAGUUACACCCUAAAAAAGGUGCAAAUGAGUUUAACUGCACAUCAGCAAGAGUCUCCUAUUGCAAAUUACACCCCAAAAAAGUCACGUAUGGGUUUAGCUACACGACAGAAACAGAAUGUCACCAAGACCAUCGACAUAUGUGAGCUCUGUACCUGCAAAGAUGAGACACUGUCCUGUUCUGGUCUGAGCCCACGGCAGAGGCUGCAUAGAAUCCCUGUGCCAGAGCCCAGCACCUACAAUGGCACCUUCACCAUCUUAAAUUUUCAAGGAAACUCUAUUUCUCACAUUGAUGAAAAUACAUGGAAGGCAUACCGCUGGACUGAGAAACUAAUUCUCAGUGACAAUUAUUUGAGCGAAUUACAUAAGGAUACAUUUGAAGGCCUGCUAUCCCUCCAAUAUUUAGAUGUAUCCUGCAAUAAAAUACAGUCUAUUGAAAGACGCACAUUUGAACCACUACCUUUUUUGCAGUUUGUAAAUCUUGGUUGCAAUUUACUCACAGAACUCAGCUUUGGAACAUUUCAGGCUUGGCAUGGAAUGCAGUUUUUACACAAGUUGUAA